AUGACUGACGAGCGCGCCUCGUGCGUCGCGCGAACAGUGAUUGAAGGUUUGAAGUACAUGCCUUCGCACGAAUGGACCAAGGUCGAAGGUGAUAUCGCGACGGUCGGCAUCACCGAUCACGCGCAGGCUGAAUUGGGUGACAUCGUGUACGUCGAACUUCCGGAAGUUGGCUCCAAGGUUGAGGCGAAGUCGUCCUUCGGCGUCGUCGAGUCUGUUAAGGCGGCUUCCGACGUGUACUCCCCGAUCUCUGGUGAAGUCAUCGAAGUGAACGAAAACUUGAACGACACCCCGGGCAUGGUUAACGAAUCCUCCUUUGCGGAUGGCUGGCUCAUGAAGGUGAAGAUGAGCAAUCCGUCUGAGACUGACUCGAUGAUGGAUGCGGCCGCGUACGAGGCUUCUUGGUAA